AGGGAUUGCCCCCCACCUCCCUCUGCAACUUCUCCCCAGUCAUGCAAUGGAGAUGGGGAAAAGCUAGAGGUGGACGAAAGCCUGCGUGCAUUCCUUGUUCUCCUAGCUUUGAUUGUGCUCGCCUCGGCUGCUGCUGCUGCUGCUGUGCAAGCGCGCCCCUUCGCGCGCGCGCUCCGCACACAGCUGCGAGGCUGUUCGGCGCGCGUAGCGGCGUGUGACCGUGAGCGCGCGCGCGCGCGCCUGAGCGUGCCCGCGCCUCCCUCUUAUGUCUACAGGUAGCAGCAGCGGCGGCAGCAGCAGCGGAAGGGGGGCGAAAAAGGCAACUGAACUGCAGGAGCCUUUCCUCGAAUUUGGAAAGCGGCUGAUGCUCCCUUUGCCUACGGAUGUACAGCCUUCUGUCUCCUUCGUGAUACCGUCUCCUUGGGCCACUGUGUGCUGCUCUUCCCUGAUCCCCCUUCUCCCUUCUCCCUUCAUCCUUCUCUCCUUCCUUUUUUUAAAAUUUUAAAUAAUAAUUUUUUUUUUACUCACCCUUGGGGAUUUUGCAUGAUAUCUAUCUAUAGAUACAGAGCUGCAAUUCCCCUCCUUGCAAGUGACUUUUCUCUCUGCAAAUAAUUCUAGAAAUUAAUUUCCUCUCUCCCGACGUGUUUCUACGUUUGGCUUGCCAAGUUUGUAGCGAGACACGUCUUCUGAAAUUCUCCUUUCUCCCGCUCCUUUUUUGGGGGGGUGGGGUGAGUGGGGAGGGGGGCGUUGGUGUAGGAUCGGUCGCAGCGACAGCCUCUCGCUGGAUGUAGAAAGGCACAGAUUUUGCGAUUUUCUUCUUUUCUCCUUCCUCCCCUUCCCCACCAAAUUCCCUUCUCCUCGCCACCCUACCUCUCCUGGACGCCUCUCCCCUCUCCUCUCCUCAAGACAUUUGGAAUCCUCUAGGGAGCUAAUGGAUACUAAGGAAUCAGCUUGGCACAUUCUUCCGUCGAGUCCCUUUCCAGAAGAGGAGCAUUAAAGACAUGCACGUUGCUUGCUCCCCCCUUGUUUUUUUCUUUUCCUAAAACAAGACCCAGCCUUCAACUUAGCUUCCUCUUCUUCUCCAAGUAUUUAUGAUUGCAGAUCAGGUACAAAAGGAGGAGUAGUUUGAUAAGGAUAUAGACCCGCAGCUAACUGGAAUUGAUUUAUAAGUGGGGAAUCGGCAGCAAAGGGAUGCUCUCUUCAUAUCGCAACUGUGGAAAACAGAAUUGGCAAUUGAAUGUCGCCUGACCAAUAGGGCAGAGUGAAGAUGCUGCUUCGGUGGGAAUGAAGUCACGGGGAGAUGCCUGUCGUGUGCAGAGGCUUUUGAGAGUUUUCUGACAGGCUCCCCUUCUGGAGGCUUGAGCCAUCCAUUUCAUUUCCCUGCCCCCUUGCCAAGAGCACUGCUUUACCCUCUCCCUCCCCACCCAGUGGAUACAAAUAAGAUUUGCUCCAACCACAGCAGGGCAACUGAUGUGGGACCAUGGCUUUUCCAACAUCCAUGUGGCUGAACUGCGUGUGGAGAGCGAUGCUGGUCCGCCUGCUGCACAUGGGAUUGGACGCCACCUUCACCCUCUGCAUACUCGGGUUCUUGCUUCACGCCGCCGCUGUCUCGUCGCAAAAGUUGGAUGAUACCGACCUGGUGGUGACCACCAGCUUCGGGAAAGUCAGGGGGAUGAAGAAGGAGUUGAACAAUGAAAUUCUGGGGCCGGUCAUCCAGUUUCUCGGGGUGCCGUACGCCGCUCCUCCAGUCGGGGAGCGCCGAUUCCAACCUCCUGAACCCCCGUCUCCUUGGCCAGAUAUCAAAAACGCCACCCAGUUUGCACCGGUGUGUCCCCAGAACAUUAUAGAGGGCAGGUUACCUGAAGUCAUGCUCCCUGUCUGGUUUACUAAUAACUUGGAUAUAGUUUCUACCUACGUGCAAGAGCAGAACGAAGACUGUCUCUAUCUGAAUAUAUAUGUCCCAACUGAAGAUGUCAAAAGAAUAUCCAAGGAAUGUGCCAGGAAACCCGGCAAGAAAAUUUGUAGAAAAGGAGGUAUGUAUAAAGUGGGCACCAAUAACAGAAUAAAAUCGAAAACUGGGUUGGAGAAACAAGAGAGAAAGAUGGAAACUGUGCAGAGGAAGACCAAGUUAGUGCAUCUUAAAAGGAAAAAACCAAACAAACGAGACUGCUGUUGUUUAUUAUUGCAGUGCAGGGAGAAGAUAUAGCUUGUAACCAAUGAGCUUGAAAACCGGUUAAAUAGGGGGCAGUUUAAAA